GAACGCUCAAUACAACAAUCCUCGCGAUGCGAUGUCUCCCUGCCCCUCUUUGAUCGCCCCCGCACCGCGCAUUUGGUCUAGACUCGCCUUCUUCUCGUGGGUAUUUGUUGUGUUGUUGUGUAGAGUUUCAGUCUGCGAGAUUUGGACAAUCGGUUUUUAGGUGGGUUCAGGUCUUCUGAGUGAUUUUUGGAUUGUGGAGGUGUUGCUGCUAAGGAAGAGUUCGUGGAAACUGUUCGGAGGAAGAGGAGGAGGAGGAGUUUGAAUCCAGGAUUAGAAUAAGAGGAGAGGGGGGGAUUGUUGGACAGAGUAACGUGAGUUUUUGGUGAGGGAGGUCUACGAUUUUAAGUUCUGGAUGUGGUCGAAGGCAGCGGAGAACUUCGGGCGAAGCGAAUCGCGUGGAGGAUUGACGAUGUUGUAGCACCGGAUGGUUUUUUUGGAGUGCCCUGGCAAGAUUUGUAAUGCGUGCGAUCCUGGAGUUGGUGUGUGUCAAGAUGGACUUAUAUAUGGUUACAGUACUGCUUCUGCCUUGACAACUUUCUGAAUCACUUAGCAAGACCUCGUGGAGAUCAGUGGUGUGGUUCUGAUCCCGUAUUUUCUCACCGUAGAACUGAUUCGUGGGUCACGGUGAAUCUGAAUUGUUUAAGGUGUAGCACUGAAUCUGUAAGGCUAUUGACCCUUCAAAAGUUUCUGACUGAUGGCUGUGGAGGCCUUAAAGUCCCCUUUGCAACCUGCGUCCAAUGGCGCCGGGGGCUGCUUUGGUUAUGGCUCUGCCUCCGUACAGAGCGGGGGCUGCCACGCAGAGAAUUGCAACCCGAACAUGGGCAAAGAGGCGGUCACGCCUGGGAAGUGUGCUCCCAAGAAGGCGCCUGGAAAACCCAAAUCCACCAUCCUGUGCGAUAACGAUGUGGGCAAGUCUCCUGUUCGAAGGAGACUGGAUUGUGACGCUGGAGCGCUUGAGGGCGGGGUCCUUGGGAAGAGCCCAGCGAAAGUUGCUAUGCUCAGAGAGGUCGGGAAUUCUCCUCACAAGCACUUUUGCAGAUCACCCAGGUGUGCGGCGAACAACCCUGAUUACGCAGUCCCUGCUCCACGGCAGUAUCUGAAAUCGAAGCGCCACUUAAUACCUGGUUGGCAGCCACCACAGAACUCUAAGCUGAAGGCCUUAGCUUCAUCGGUGCCUGUAGAGGAUAACAGUUAUGAUCAUCAUACAAUCUGUAAUGAAGCUGUAGAAGAGAAUAACGGAGAGGACGUGUUUUCCAAGACUGUUGUUGAAACUGCUCCUGACGGAAUUGAAGGAGAACUUACCAGAGUAAGCGACACUGAAGCCUGUCUGGUUCCAGUUGUGAAACAUUCCACCCCGCGAAAGAUACAUGUCGUCGAACCACCUAUUCAGUGGGUCGGAGCCGACGUUGAAGAUCCAGCAACAGAUGUGGAGGGAAGAGUGGGUCCGGAGGAUGUAGUCGAGGUUCUCCAGCCGCAGUCUGUGCUUUCAAAUUCAACUCGCGAGGGUUCAGUAAAUAAUGCCGUAGAAGAUGUCAACCUUGAAAGCAGAGACUGUAAUGAAGGAGCACUGUCCACGUCGACCACAUCGACUCGUCCCCGAACUGGCGAUGAUGUUACAUUGGAUGCCACUAGUCGCGGGAUACCCGUGAUCAUGGAAGAUUCUGUACGUGCAAGCAGAAACACAGUGUCCAGCGGUUUCUCGUUUAGGUCCAAAGGUGAUGGGCGAAGUUAUAGUAGGAGAGACACAUUUGGUAGCUCGCGCCCUCUGCGAAGAAAAUAUUACAAGAUGGGUGGUAGGCGCCUAUCUGUCGGAACUUCCAGUAAUCAAUCCAUAUUAUUAAAUAAGCAGGAAGGACUGAAAAGAAAACAGGCGGAGGAGUGGAUGUGGGACUCAGCCAUUAAAGACGCUGUAAUGCGACUAGUUCCUAAGGUACCUGGUACUGUCAACGCCUUAGUGAAAGCAUUCGAAACCGUUAAGCUCACGGAAGAAGAGAUACAAAGAGCAAAGUACAAGAACUCGCAUGUUGGUCGAUUGGCUCAGAAAGAUUCACAGUUUUCAGGAGGAUGCGGAGCACCUGAAUCUUCAUCAGUAGACGUAUCGCAAUUGGAGACCAUUGCCUCCAUAAAUAAAGUGCAUGCGUGGGAUGAGUCCAUGGCUUCGGCAGAGCUCGUCGACAAUAUGAAUUCUCUCCAUCCUGAACAAGAUGAGAAGGACCUCCCAAAGACGCCGAAAAGGGUAGAAUCGAGGAUUGCCCCUUAUACCAGCAAGUCAGCACCACCGAAAGUCCGGACUCAGCUAUGGGCAAUUAGUGGCGAGCAAAGCACGACCUCUAAAGAUGACACUUGCAGCGACAAAGGGGCAUCCACUUCUUCUGGAAAAACAAGGACAACGGCAUGGACUUGUACUCGGAAAGGUCAAGCAAUGCGCUUGCAAAAACUUAAGCGUUGCACAUCGCUGCACCCCUUUAGACUCCGUACUGAGGAAAGAGGAGCAAUGAAGGAGUACGAGUUUUCAAAGAGGCUUCAGCAUAUGUGGCAGGAAGAGGAGCGGUUGCGGAUCCCAUUAGCGCAGGGAUUACCGUGGACAACCGAGGAGCCUGCGAUUCCGCCUAAGCCUCCAGUGAAGGAGCAAACUAAGCCAGAAGCUUUCAGGCUCAUUACUGACAUUAGAGCUGUCGAGAGAGCUGAGUUCGACGAUUGUGUUGCUGAGCGCCAAAGACAAGAGGAAAUGAUGAGACAGGAGGAGGAAAUGCGACGCAAGGUUGCGGAGGAGGAGGAAGUGAGGAGGCUGCGACGGGAGAUGGUACCCAGGGCACAACUUAUGCCCUACUUUGAUCGUCCCUUUAUGCCACGCCGAUCGUCAAAAAAAUUAACUGUGCCCAGAGAACCGAAGUUCCUCCUGAAACAGCACAAAAGGCCCAGGUGCAUGGCAGGUUGCAGCUCAAUUGCUGCUUAGAGAAUAAGCUAAGUCAAUAAUCGAAACUACAUCUCGUACGUGAGACCCAUUCUUCUUCCUCUUAACUGUAGGUGGGAGAGCCCAAUUCCCCAGCUUUCUCAAGGAAUAUUCUUGUCACAGGUUUUAUAAGUCCACCUCGCUCACCUGUGAAGCCAUCUCCUGUAAGGUGAAGAUCUGUCGUGGAAAAGUCACAGGGCACCAAUCUGAGUGCAUCAUGUAGCCUUCUCUGCCAGAGCAUGCAGCCUUUUUUACAGGAAAUAAUAGAUAUGUACUAUCUCCCAUAGUAUUACCCUGAUGUAUUUUUUGAGAAAUUGUAACAUGUAAUGACCACAGCCCACUCGGCUGAAUUUAUCUAAGGUUUCAAGUCAUGUUUUGGAUCAA